AUGCACGAGGAGCUUGGUGAUCGCCGCCCCUCACAAUUUCUGAGGCAUCUGCAACACUUAGCAGGUCCUAAUGUUCCUGAUGAUUUUAUUAGAACAAUUUGGUCUAGUAGGUUGCCAAAUAACCUACAGACUGUCAUAGCGUCACAACCAGACUCAACGCUGAAAGCACUUGCAGACUUGGCAGAUAAAGUUCACGACCUCGUACCUACUGUGCCACAAGUCGUGUCAACAAACGCAAUAUCGGUUGCUGUGACAGACAAAAUAACUCAACAAAUAGCUGAACUCACUCGUCAGGUUCAAGCCCUAUCAGUUCGGGACAGCAGGAGUAGAUCCCGUUCAAGGAACCGUUACAGUCGCAUCCAACGCAAAAACAGUAGGUCUCGUCGGUCUCAAUACAAUUAUAAAAAAAAUCCCAUUUGUUUCUGUCACCACAAGUACGGCGACAAAGCAAAAGUAUGCCUUAAUCCAUGCGACUAUAAACAGGGAAACUCUCAAGGCAGUCGUUAA